AUGGCCGGCAGCUUCACCGCCGAGGCGGGCGCUGCGCUCGUCUUUCUCAUCCUCUACGUCUUCCUCUUGUCCUACAUGACCUUCAUGUAUGCCCGCAAGCGCUACGAAUGGAAGUCUCGCUACUCGAUCCUGUACCUGCACACGACGAUCCGAGUCGCAUCGCAGGCGUGCGGGCUAGCCUUCGCGAUCCUCGCCUGGCGCAACAUUGACGUGUUUGUCGCGUACCUCAUCCUCUCGGCCGAGGGCUACUUCUCGCUCACGAUCGCGGCCUACUACUUCCUAAAGCAUUACGAGAUCAAGCAUUUCGGGUGGUCGCGCCUGGGUCCCGCGGACCACAACGAGGGCGGACGCAAGCGCUUCCUCCAAGCCCUGUCCAUGGUUGCCGUCCUCAUGCCCUGGCGCUUCUGGGACCGCAACCUGCUCAUGAUUGUUGAUGCGUGGCUUAUCCCGGCCAACGCGAUCAUCAUCGCCGGCGGCUCGAUCAUGGCCGGCCUCAACGACAAGUCGAAACAGCUCGACCCAGACGACUACAACAACCGUCUCAACGUCAGCAAGGGGCUGCGCACGGCGGGCCAGGCCGUUUUCCUCGCCCUCACCGUUCUCUUCAUCCUCCUCUACAUCAACGCGGCGCGCAAGGGCCGCGGACUGAAGCACUCCUCCGAACGGACGAUGAGCAAGACGGCGCUCGCCAUUUUCGGUAUUGUCGGCGGCAUGCUCCUCGUGCGCGGUAUCUUUGGUGUCCUCCAGGCCGCAGUGUACAGUCUGUCGUACUCAAACCCGGAAAACUAUGACGGGCACGGCAUGAAGUCGCGCUUCACCGCGAUCGAGUACUGUCUCGCUGUCGUCCCGGAAUUCACCGCCGCGUUCCUCCUUAACAUGAGCUACUGGAGCACGGCGCGCGAGCCGUCUGUCGAGCUGAUCGACCCGGAGGACAACGCGACGGAGUUCGUGCGCACUAAUCGCGGUGGCCACGAGACCGAGUACGCCGCCGAAGACAAGAACUCAAAAUACGAGACCGUCCCGAAGUACACCCCAUAA